AUGUGGUGCGACCGAGAUCCGUAUGCGUGCGGCGUGCUUGCGGCAACUUCACGUUCUGCGCCAUCUGCCAUCAGCCCCGCCGUACAGUAUCUCUCGGAUCCACAUACUGGGGCACGCUCGCAGGUCCUGGUCGGCGAACGGGUGACAUACGUGCAUAUCUUUCUCUCGCUGAAUGGACACCUCGCCGUCGUCCGCUGGUCGUCCUCGUUCUGGCAACUUCGUCGCGAACGUCAUGGUGUGUCCCGGCGUGAUAUGCACGCUGCACUGGCGGCUCGCAGCGGGAGCCCGACGAGGAGCUGGAAGACGCGUCUGCCGCCAUCGGCGCGCUCGUCUCCACGUAGCCGACCUUCUCGCCUUCCUCCCCUCUUCCCCGCUCGGUUCCCCACUCGCUUCUCCGUUUCUCUCGCGAAACAGGGACAUCCUCCUGCUCGACGCGAUGCGCAGGUUCGACCUGAAGGCCUGACCGCCGGCGAGUCCAUACUCCAGAACAAAAAAGAACAAUGCCGUGCGAAGAUUCCUGGUCUGCGCCGCAUCCACGCCUGCGGGCAAGGGCAAAGUUUAAAAGCUACUUCCACCCGGCCGCCGGCGGUCGAACCUCGUCCCCGCGGUAACAACGACGGAGCCGCGGGAGAAGGUGUCCUUCUGGCCCUCCAAGGGAUGGACAUGGCACCAUUUGACAGCGGGCCUCGACGAGCGAGAAUGCCCCGGGAGGCGGACACCAUCUUUGAGGAGGGGUUCCUCGUGCAGCCCCCCGGCAUCGACCCCGAGACGGGCGAGCGGUGGAAGCCGCGCUGGGUCGCGAAGCGCGACUGCGGCUCCGACGCGCUCUCGUGGUGGGAAGCUAACAAGGCGGGCCUGCGCGAGUUCGAAGUCGCGAGGCCAGAAGUUAAGAAAAAAGAGGAGGAAUAUGAUUACCUGGGCGAGGCGAUCAUUCCUAUCGCCGCAUUUGCGGCGGGUUCACCCUGGCUCGCUGCCAAGCCCGAGGUGAAGGAGGUGGUGGAUGUCUCUGGCACGCGUCCGGAGUCUAUGCUCGACAUCGACUCUUUCGCAGUCGCCGACCCUGGUCCAGUUAGAUCGCGAUCACCACGACCGUUCGUGCUCGACGAAGGCUGGCUGCUCUCGGACGGCAUCUGCUCCGCCAGAGGGAUGUACGUACGGAUUGGCAACUCUUGGGCAGACCGGAGCACGCCUGGGUUCUGGCGCGGCAGGCUCGAAGGCGCGCGUGGCGCGGUUCUAGCUGUGUACAGGAGCCACGCUACCACGCGCGUCAGUAUGCUGAGCCCGCGCGAGCCCUCCGAGACGUUUCUCGUCAUCCCCCUGAAGUACCUCUGGCCCGUGUCGCCAGAUGAGGCGGGCCAGAGGAUCAUGGUCAUGAGUGAGGGCGGGCGGCUGGGCAGGCAUGGAGCAAGAUUUGUGAGGCCUGGAUCGUCACCCAAGACGGCGACGAUAGACCUGCCGAGGUUGAGGAGCGAAAUUUGCAUGAGACUGCUUGACAUGUUCCUCAUUCAAUCUGGUCUGUGCGAAGAGUCUCCAGUCCAGCUAUAG